ACACUCUCCAACCAAUCCUAAGAGCGCAGCGUUGGCUCACGUUCCAAUUGUUGAAAGGGUCAUUGUGCUCUGGCGCUCAGAAUAUCCUUUUUAUCUUUUACCCCACAUCUUGAUUUCAAACCCGGUAAGACUACUUAGAUUGCGGAUAUUAUUACGAAACGUUUAAUAUAUUUUACUCAAUGCUUUAUACUUACGUGGAAGAAUAAAACUCAAUGUUUACAUUCGAGAGUUUCUGCGGCGUUUUAGGAGAACUUACUGAAAGUUUGGGGAGAGACUAACCAAUCAACGCUCGAGUUGAGGUCAGGCUCCGCCCAGCUGAUUUUGGCGGCGAGGAGGCGAGCCCGCGCUGGGCCCAGACUGCUCUCCGUCCCUGGGUCCACUCAACCAUGGUGCCCCAGCUCUGAGUAUCUCAACCCGUAUUAUCAAGGCCCUGUAAGCAUCACCAGACCUUCACUACCGAUCACCACCCACACAGCCUCAUGUCUCAGAACCAGAGAAGACAGAAAAAUGGUUCACUGUCAACUAGAACUAAACCAGCCAUUUUAAGGACAAGGAAGAGGAGGAGCUCUGAGAAUGAUGAAGAUGAAAGACAAGUGAAGCAGGCACGCUUAGAACCCUCGGAGAUGCCUCAGCCACUUGGCGACGUGACAUCAAGUCUCAACGUGGAGAGGGAGCGGUCGAUCACCCCUGACAACCCGGUUCCGGACACCUGGAACAAGUUUAGGGGCCUGACUUGCAUCUCGACCCCACAGUCGACUAGGAAGCUGCCACUGCCAAAGCUCAGUUGGGCUGACCAAGGCGAGGUGUGGGCACUCAUGUGCCGAAAAGAUCGCCUUUACCCUCGAUGCCCAGACUACCUCAAUCAACAUCCUUCUCUACAAGCAAGAAUGAGGGCUAUUCUUUUAGACUGGCUGACAGAGGUAUGUGAAGUAUAUAGGCUACAUCGUGAGACAUAUUACCUUGCCACCGACUUCAUUGACCGCUACCUCAGCGCAACAAAAGAUGUUCCCAAACAACAACUCCAGCUCAUAGGUAUAACAUGUUUAUUCAUAGCGGCAAAAAUAGAAGAAAUAUACCCACCAAAGCUAUCUGAAUUUGCUUAUGUGACUGACGGUGCUUGCAUGGAUAAUGAAAUCUUGGAGAAGGAGCUAGUCAUUUUAAAGAAACUUAACUGGGAUCUCUCCCCUAUCACAUCAAACUGUUGGUUAAAUACGUAUCUACAACUGGCACAAGAGCAUGCCCAUAGAGAAUCUGGGAACAGUGAGGCGGGCACUGACGAGCACAGCUUUGUCUUCCCUCGAUACUCUCCCCUCAAGUUUGUUCAGGUUGCCAGAUUGCUCGAUUUGUGUACUCUUGAUAUGUCUAGUCUGGGGUUCACCUCGAGUAUGAUCGCAGCAACAGCUAUGUGCUACAUGAUAUCCCCUCAGUUGGCAACUCAGGUCUCGGGCUACUCGUCAGAAGAUAUCCAAGAAUGCUAUGACUGGAUGGCAGCAUUUGCAAUCACAGUACACGAGAUGGGGCCAGUACAGCUUAAGUCAUUUAGUCAAGUGGCACAAGACGAUAUUCACAAUAUCCAAACACAUUCUGCCGACCUCGAUAUUUUGGAACGAGCACAGAUCAGGUUGAGCCAGAUCCGAUCUUCUUCUUCUCGUAAUAGUCCGGAGUCGUCAGGUUUAUCGGUUGGAAUGCUCACGCCUCCAAAAACAGAUGAGAAAACCAAAUUUUAAAUUUAGAUAUUUUUUGGGGGUUAAAACUGAAAUAGUUUAAGAAAUGACAUGUCAUGUUUUCAGUCAGUCAAUGACAUUAUUGUUUCGUAUGAGAUCUAAAUGGAUCGCUUAAAUUUGUAUGAGGUUUCUGAGGCUACAGAACGUGAUUGGCAUGUUAUUGUUGAUCCAUUUAGAUUGUUGGCCCAUACUGGUCACAGUGUUUUAAUGUCAUGUGAACAUUUUUUAUACAUAUCAGAUAGGUACUACGGCCAUGCUUAUACAUAUCAAAAGCAUUUCAUGCUAUAUAGUAACUUAAUAUAAAAAAAUAGUUUUAUUGUACUUGCUUUGCUCACUAAUGUGCAUGCUGUGCAACAUUGUGUCUUAUGAAUGUUAUUGGUUAUCGUGUGUACAGUGACGACUUUUAUGUGGGCAAGAAUCUAUAUUGGGGAGGAGCAUCAAUGGCAAUUUUUAUACAUAAUUUUGCUCUAUGCUGAUUGAGCAAUUUAUUAACAUUCAGAAUUCUUCCUGUUGAAGGCUUGUAAGGUUUUAAUCAUUCUUUAUUUAUGGUAUUGUAUAUAAUUUGAUACGUAAAAGUAUGCAAUUGAAUGAGGAAUUGGUAAAUAAUUAAAACAGGUAUAAAAUUAAAGUUUCUUUGUGGCCGAUAUUAAGUAGUUGGCCAUGCCAUUGAGACAGGCUGUGUAAAUACUGAUGACUGUGCCUGGUAAAACAAAUCUAGUCUUUUCCGUAAAGGGAUUACAGUUUAUUGUUUUAGCGCCAAGUGCAAUGGUGUUUCAUACAAGUAUGAAAUGCUCUCUUUCAGGGUUUUCCUUUGUAAUUAAUUUCUUUAGGAAAUUGCUCUGCUCUUCUGAGCUGUUUGGGUGCAUUGUGUCAGCUUUUUAUCGUAUAUGAAAAUAUACUAAAAUGCUCGUUAAUGGAAGGAAUGUAAUGAUUACAUGUCUGUGAUGCUACAGGGCAUUUUUUUUUUUCAAUAUAUAAUCUCAUUCAUCUUGGAAGUAGGGCAGUGUCUUGCCCCUAAUUACUCAAUUGUGCCAACUAAUGUAAUAUGGGAUACAGGGGCAUUAUAUAUAUUUUUUCUUCAAGUAAACUGUGCAUUUUUCAUUUUACAUUUUCUUUGUAUAUUAGAUGAAACACUUGCAAAGAUACAUUGAUUGUGUCGUGUGUCUCCUGCUGUUGCUGGCGUGUAACUUCUUAACAUGAGCAUGGAGGAAAAUGAGGCCCAUUAACUUAUUCUUUUCCAUGGUAAUAUCAGAAGUUUAAAUGAAAUUUAACUUUCAUGGACUGUAUUUAAUAAAUUAUAAUUGUUAAAUUAAUUUUACUGCAGUGCAUUAAUAUGCUGUCUGGAAAACCUGAAGGUAAAUAAAACAAACUUUUUUA